AGGUAAUGGUGAUCGUGUCGUGAUUUUACCUCUGGGUUCCUUCACUUUAUUGUAGGUUCAAAAUAUACCUUCAAUUUUAUCAAGAAAGAAUAACAUCGACUAUAACGAUUAUUCAAUUAUCUUUAAUUGGAAGAGGUUGAUAUUAUGGGUUAACAACACGUGCCACGAUAAACCUUAAAUAUUGCGACCAAUAACAAUAUGUAUUCGAUGCGCAGAAAGUGGAUUUUUGAAGGAUAAUAAUUUUGUAAAAUAGAUACAGCAAUGUCCAGUUCAGAAGCUCAAGACAGAUUAAAGUUAUAUAAGUUUACAAAGAUAUUGACUUUGAAAGUUGCUCAAAUAGUAGUGCAAAGUCGGCAAGGAAAAAAAAUAAGCCAUGUUUACAAUACGUCUAAAUUAUCAGAAGAUAUAACUGAUGCGGCAGCGUCGCCAAACAACUUACAAUGGUUUAAUCUAUCCAUACCAGAUGUUCCUGAAGUAAACAAUGACACAAAGCGAGUUUUAAAUGGCGAAGUAGUUGAGGCAUUAUCAAAUGUGUUGUGUAUAGAAAUUUCAUUGAGAACUAAUGACGGAGAUGACAUGGUAUUGGAGUUGUGGACUAUUAAGAUGUUGCCUGGCUGUGACGCAACCAUUUCAUCAAUAUCUACUAUAUACUAUCGCAUGAGCAUAAUGCUGAAAUCCACCCUCAGCAUAUCAAGGAUAACACCAGCCUAUAAAAUGUCUAGGCUACAGAAUAAGGAUAGUUAUAAAAUCUCACACAAAAUAUAUGGUGGCAAGCCAAAUUUUGACCUAUUAGGUGAAAAAUAUAAAAACAUCAAAGUGAGUGAAUUACGCAUGCCAAUUGGUAUGAUUCAGAUUGAAGUUGUUUAUAGAACUGAAAUGGCGAUAUUAUCUGAGCCGCGAGGAAGAGCACCUAGUUAUGGAGAAGUUCAAAAUAUAUCCAACAGUGAUAUUAUGGUUAAAAGCGAUCAUUUCCCCAGAGAAAGUCCAAGGAAAAAUCACAAUGAAAAGAAGAAAGUUGAUCUUUCUAAGCCUUUGACAGCCGGUGCGUUUGUAGACGCAGUGAAAAUUAAAGAAUUACAUGAUGCUCUAAAUCAACAAUUACCCCCUGAACCUCCUAUGGCUUGGCUUCUUGCAGAGAAAGACAAAAUGGAGAAAAAAAUGAAGCUUCUAUCAAUGGCUGAGGUGCUCGCUAAACCGGGGCCUAGUACAGAAACUACAAAUGCCCUGGCACAGUAUGCUAGCAAAGCGGUUGAAAUGCCAAAGCCUAAGGACAAAUACUCAAGUCUAAUGGAGUUUCCAUUCGCGGAUGGCAGUCCAAUAACGGAGCUGGCCAACUUCUACCAGGAGUGUCUUCAAGCGCGUUCAGCCAGUGACGCCUGGGAUAUUGAGUCGGUUUCCACAGACUCGGAGACGCUCAGUCAACAACUGAAAAUGUAUGAAGAUGCGGUUCCAGAGUUCGAUAAUAUGGUCGAAUCCAUGUUCAGUAACCCGGAGUAUGGAUCAGACCACUCUUAAAGCUCUUGGAUUUGUUCAAAAAGUUUUGAAUGCAAAGUUGUUGUGAGAUAAGUUUCAUGUAGUUUUCAAUGGGUCGUGAGAAAUUUCUUUAAUGGUAUAUUUAACAAGAUUAUCAUUUAGAGAAAAUCUAAUGGUAAAAUUUUGUAGAGAUCAGGAAUCCUAUAAAACAUAGAAUAUAGUCGUUUUUUUAUCAAUAUUACUUCCGGUGUCGUUGACUGGUAAUAAUUGUCAAAUUACAGUAUACGUCGAUUUAUUAAUACAUCUUAACCAUUUCAAUUCCUUAUACAAGAGAAAUAAGAAUAAUUUAAUAAGUAUAGUAGACAUCGAAAUGUACCUCAUACUACGCAGAACUUAUAAAAUGCUCUCUCACUUUCAUGUGUUCAUAAAAAUCAGUCUCCCAAGUUUUUGUUGUGAACUUUUUUGAUAUAAAAUCAAAUAAUAACAAUACAAUACCAAAAUAUAUUAAAUAUUUUGAAGAAUGAAAUAUAUUUUUCGUCAUUUAUAAAAAAUAAUGCUAUUGUAUGUAUCUUUUAGUACACUUUAUAUGAUGUAAAGCGUAUGGUAAAUUUAAAAUAAUGACUCUUUAUUUCUAUCGCUUUACAAGAUUUUUUUAACAUAGUUUUUGAACUAUAAUUCCACCUUAAAAUGUUUAAUCUUCUUUUGAUACUAUAUUUUAAGUGAAUGCAAUGUUAUAACAACAAUUAUUUGGAUUUUUAUGAAUAAGUCUUGCUUUGAUAGAUAAUGAGCAAAAGAUGAUUAAAUGGAUCCUUUAAGUCAGAGCUACUAAUAAAUUAUGUAUAAGAAAGACAUCAUCAAAACUCAUGACAUUUGUUAAUUGUGAAGAAGAUAGAUGGGACUUUCGUGAAUGAUAAUUAAAUAACUACGAAUGUAAAUUGAAAAAAUGGUUUCGAAAUAGAAAGAAAAAAAGAGGCUCAAAUCACUUGACCUUCCCUGCCAUACUCUAAUCCCUCCUAAUAAUCUCAGUGCUUCAGAAUCACAUAAAAUAGAGACAUCACAAAUGUCGUGUGUAUUCUCAUAGUUAGGUCUGCUCAUGUAUACAUUAUAUCAAUUAUUAUCAUGUUGGGUGUAGAAAAUAUUUUAAUGAACGUAGAAAAAAUGUAAUCAAAUUAAAAUAUACUUUAGUCUAGGGUGAUCGCGUCGAUCAAAUAUUACAAUGUUGAUGUUGAAAUUUGAUAUACAUAAUAUGUUAUUGCAUUCCAAUAUUAGAAGAAUUUUAUGAUCGACCUUUAGCUGACUGCAGAAAAAUUAUUGUAAAAUAUUUGGAGCAAAUGCUUUGAAUGUUGAUCGAAUAAAAGUACAACUAUUAUAUUAUAUGUGUAAAUGUAAAAGUAAACAUAUUGAUAUUUUAGUGUUACUUCGAAAAUUUCGGCUCAUACGAAAUCUUAACCUUACCUUUAUUAAUUUAUAAUAUAAUGAAAAUUUUAAAAUUGCUCUGUUUGGCGUUUAGCAGAAAAUAAUGAAGAUAUUGUAGCACCUGGGACCAGGGUAUUACAGUCGAGUAAGGUUUAUGAACAUAACCAUACAAAAUAAAUAACCAUACUUCUCAUAUAACUUUUACUCCAUACUGAAUCUUAGUUUACCAGGGUAGCAUAUACGUUCAACGGUGCAUUACAACGGUAUAAUAUUUAGUUUGACGAUUGGCCACUACUAGGUAGUGUUGGUAAUAAAUUGUCUACUUCAAAGUUCCAAUAGAACACUAUUCUCGAACCUGCAUUAGAUUUAUUAUAUUAAUCUGCGCAUCAAAUGGUUUUUACUAAAGGUUGGUCUGAAAUCAUAAAAGGAAUGAUAUAGCGAGAUGAUACGACUGAAUUUCGGACUGUAUAGGGUUAUGAAUAGACGGUAAGCAGUAAGGUAGGCAACGUUGCAGAGAUAAUAAACUAAAACGUUUUAGGAAACGGGACACAGGCAUGAAUUCAGUUGUAUUUCCAUUUAUACAAAUAGUUUACUCUAAUGUAUAAUAUAUGAGACUGGGCUUGAAUUGGGAGGUUAAUUUAUUUUCACCUUAGUCUGUAGAUUUGUUUAUUACGUUAGCUAUUAUUAUUAUUUUCAGUGCCUUAUUCUAGGAGUGUAUUCGGUUGCUUUGUUUACAAAAAGUGCCAAUAAAAUGAAUGUAAGUUAUGCAAAAUUAAACAAAUAGCGCUAUGACUUCUAAAAUUGGUUAUGUUUAAUGUAAUGUUAGUUGUUAACCCGCUAAUGUCUUAAUAAGUAAUUUAUAAUCAUGUUACUAGUCAAAUUUUAAAGUCUAGUGAAAAGGCCAAUUGUCAAAUACGUGCGUUAAUUGUAAUAACGAAUUUAGUAGAUAUGGUUAUGCGUAUUUUUCUAUCUAGCGCUUCUUUCUUACUAUCUGUAGAAAAUUCAAUAGUAACUAGGCCUAAGUAUCUGUAACCUUUAUAUUUUACUGGUUUUAAAUAUUUGUUCUUAAGGGGACUGUUAUAUAUAGUGAUAUAGCAUGUCUAUUAAUUCCUUAAAGUUCACUGCAAGAAACAGAAAACUAAUAUGUUAUGCUUCAACCUUCAGGAUAUAUAUUUAGUUGUAUAAUUCAACAGUUUCUUAAAAUACAUGUUGCUUUAAAUUUUAAACGAUGGAAAAGAAUAUCACAAAAAUGACUCCAAACAUCUAUUAAUUAUUGGAAACCGUGCUAAUAAAGGGUCAAUACUUCAUAAAUUAUUCGGCAAGAAAAUUUUAUUUUGAUUUUUAUUUUUGGCUAUAUUAAUAUGUACUUAUGUGUGACCAUCACGAUGAUUGUAUAGAUGCCUGCGUUUUAGCUCUUGUAGUCCCCUUUUAACGUUUUUCUGCCUUGACAAUUUAAACACUGUGAGAAUAAUAGUUUGUUUUAUUUUGUAUUGUUUCCUUUCAAGUGUUUUGUAUAUUUAAAGUUUCUUUGGUCGGUAUCGAUAUUUGUUUAUUGCAUGUUAUGAAUAUAAGAGCAUAUUAUAUUAAAACGCAAUAUAUACUGUAGGAAUGUUUGAUAUAACGUAGACAAACGCCUCUAUCUUUAUUAUAAAUGUGAAAUUUCAUACUUUAAUGAGGUCAGUGUAACAGAACAUUUAUGCUCACUAGUUAUAUAAAAUUAAAAUACUAUGAAUUGGUUUCGUGCCAAACUUAGUCAAUGUACAAAGUACAACAAUAGCUGUAAAAUGAAAAUUCAACACGUAUCGAGGUAGCAUUGUGAUCAGAAACGGAUAUUAUUUGACCUUUGAUUUGAUCGUUGAGUACAACACUUUCAAUAAAAAUAAGCAAACUUUAAACACUAAUGCCUGUUCAACUUGGUAUGUAUUUUAGUACAUAAUAUAAUAAAUUCCGUUUUUAUUAUCCUACUGAAUCGAUUUUAAUUUGUGUGUAAAAUAAAAUUAUGCUUGUACUUACACAAAAGUACAGUAAUAUUUUUGCGAUUAUUCGAAUGUUCCAACUUGCGAUAAUAACUCCAUCAUAUCAUAUAAUUACCCUUAAAUGAUAUGUAAAUAAGAAAAUAUGUUAAUGUUAUUAACAAUGUUGAAAAAUGUUAUCACAGUUUAAUGUAAAAAAUGUUCUGAAGUUUUAACUCUGAAAGGAAAUGUACACUCAGACAGUGCUCUAUGUAAUUUGUAAAUACACCAUAUUAUCACAUGUGCUCUCGAUAGUAAUUGCGUUUUGUUAUGUACAUAAUAAUAAUUGUAUGUUCUUUCGUAAUUGUUUGUAUUUAUAUUUUAUCACACAUUAUGUAACUUUUACAAACUUAAGCAGGUUUGAUAACUGAACUAAAUUAUGUACAGUAUAAUUUUAACACAGUGCGGCUUGCAGUUUAAGCUAAUGAAUUAAUUUUUUGAACUUUCUUAUAGAUUUAUAUUUUAACACAAUGUUUUAGCGUAGCAUUUAAGCCAUUUUUUUUUAUAAACAUGAAAAAUAUUUUGUACAGUUGAAAAAUGCUCCAUCGAAGAACUGCAUUUAUUGAACCAUUAGUUCCUAGCUGUAGCUGAAUCGAGAUAAGAUGUAACCACAAAUGAAGCCUGCAAGCAUAUUUUCAUCUAAUAUUGUUCCUUUUCCGCUGCGAUUUUAGUAAGGUCUGACUAUUUUUGGAACUAUAGUUUUGUUAUUUUUUCUGUGAAGUGUUGUUAAGAAAAAUCUGUAAAGGAAAGCGUCAAGCAAUCCUAUUUGUGUAUAUUUUCGUUAGCACAGUGUACAAAAACACAAUAUUGCAUUAUAUAAAUAUUACUCAACCAACUUAUUUAUCUUACAUUACACAUACCAAGGUAUGAUGCUAUUUAUACAUGCUAUUGUAACUAUUUUUAUAUUUCUUACAAAUUAUUAUGUAAGUACAUACCUAUAUUUAAUUAUUACGAUGAAUAUUUCUUUGGUAAAUUGUAUUGAUUACAUUUUAAAGCUUGGUUUAUAUUCAGUAGGCUCUGUAUCCUAUGAUAUAUAAAUAUAUUUUGCGUUUUAAAAGA